CACCGCGGGCGGCACCUUCCACCCGUAGGCACCAUGUUCGCGGUCUCUUCAUCCGCGGGACUCGCCGCGGCGUCGGCGCGCGUUCACGCGUUCCACCGGAGACCCCGCCCCGCGCGCCAUCUCCGCGCGUCUUCGUCGUCCGCGUCGUCCGAGUCGUCAACCGUCGGGACGCUUCCGAGGAGGAAUUGGUCCGAGAUGACCACGAACGAGUUCGAGCGGCUGGACAAGGACAGGGUCAUCGCGCUGCUGCCGGUGGGCGCGACCGAGCAGCACGGUCCGCACCUUCCCGUGUGCGUCGACGCGGCGAUCAACGCCGGGGUCCUGAACCGCGCCAUGGAGCUCCUCCCGCCCGAGAUUCCGCUCACGCGUCUCCCGCCCCUCCCCUUCGGCAAGUCCGUGGAGCACGACGACUUCGCCGGGACGAUCUCACUCGGAACCAACACGCUCAUGGCGGCGUGGACCGACAUCGGCGAGUCCGUCCGGCGCGCGGGGGUCAAGAAACUCGUCCUCUUCAACAGUCACGGGGGCCAGCCGCAGGUUGCGGAGAUCGUCGCGCGAGACUUGCGAAAGCGACUCGGCAUGCUCGUCGUCACCGUCGACUGGUUCUCCUUCGGCCUCCCCGAGGGCAUGUUCGACGACGACGAGCUGAGGCACGGGCUGCACGGCGGCGACGUCGAGACGAGCGUGAUGCUGCACCUGCACCCCGACCUCGUGGACAUGUCCAAGGCCGGCGAUUUCAGAUCCGCCGGCCGCGACAUGGAGGAGAGCGGCGACUUUAAGCUGCUGACGCCGGAGGGCGGCAUCGGGUUCGGGUGGUUGGCGCAGGACUUGAACCCGUCGGGCGCCACCGGGAACGCCUCGAAGGCGACCGCGGAGAAGGGAAGGGCGUGCGUCGAGCACGCGGCGUCGAGGCUGGUGGAUCUGUUGAAGGAGGUUGACGACUUCGACGUGGACUGCGUGUUUCGGGGUGGGGCGAGUGGGGAGUACUGCACGACCAACUACCGGCGGAUAUGGCCGGGGCGGGAGGACGGGGGGGGCGGGUUGGCGGAGAGCAAGUACAAGUCCCACUACACGGGCACGAGGUCGAGCUGAUCGUAGCGUAGGUGGCCAACGUCACUGUACAAGUAACAUUUUUUUCUGGUGGUCUUU